GGAGUCCUUCCACGCCUGCUUUGUCCUUUCUUCGCUAACAGCCUAGCCCAGCCUCACCAUGGUGGACGCCUUCGCAGGCACCUGGAAGCUGGUGGACAGCAGCAACUUCGAUGACUACAUGAGGUCCAUCGGUGUGGAUUUUGCUACCAGGCAGGUGGCCAGUGUGAUCAAGCCUAUCACAAUCAUCGAAAUAAAUGGGGACACGAUCACCCUGAAAACACAAAGCACCUUCAAGAGCACAGAGAUCAACUUCAAGCUGGGGGUGGAGUUUGACGAGACAACGGCAGAUGACAGGAAUGUCAAGUCCACCGUGACGCUGGAUGGAGGCAAACUUGUCCAUGUGCAGAAAUGGAACGGGCAAGAAACAAAACUUGUGCGGGAGCUCGUGGAUGGCAAACUCAUCCUGACGCUCACCCACGGCAAUGUAGAGUGUACGCGCACGUACAAGAAGGAGGCAUGACCAGCCCUCUGCUUCACUGACAGCUCCGCUGCCAACUGGCUACCCCUGGACUCAGCACCAGAUUGCCUCGUCUUUUCCUCUGGCGUUUUGUAUAAAUCCACCUUGGGGGGGGGGAAAUUCUUCUGGGGUCAGGCGCACCAUCCUGGAUACAGUUCCAGUUCCCAUUGUGUUUGUCUGUCUUAACUGCAUCCAAAGAGUGCUCUGAGGUCAAUAAAGCAGAGCCAAGGCCACCCAGUUGCCUUCUUGCCUUUGGUGACAUGACUCCAUGAGUCUGUUUCCCUGUGUCUGAAAGUGGGCAGAAACGCCUGCCUGAAGGUCACUCAGGAAGAAGCACUGGAUGACACUGAAAUGGAUAGUCUCUGGGGCGGGGGUAGCUGACCACCUUACACAUACAAUAAUAGAACAGCUGUACCUACACCUUGCCUUUACUCCCUCCCCAUGGCCAAAUGAGCUAGUCCAACCUGGACUAACCAGUGGCAGGGCUUCCCCAAGCUUGGCUACUGGACUAUCACCUUGGGCCACCGGCACUGAAUGCCCUUGGGUCUGGACAGUUGCCUUUCUCUGCAAUGCUGUGGUCUCUCUUUUUCCAGAAUGUAGGCUCAGGACAAUGGAUCCAGGCUUGUGCCAUUUUGGUGGGAAAAAAUGCCCACUGGCCAA